AUGACUAUUGAUUCGUUAGGUUUAUUGCUUAAAAGUAAAAAACAAAAAGGUGAUCCAAUAAAAAAUGAUGAAGAUAUCAAUAUAGAUUUGGAUGGAACAGCAACAACUAGGAAUAAGAUUAAUGUAGAAGUUAGGGAGAAAUCAAAUGAUAUAGCUGGUCAUGAUUUAAAUGAUCAGCCAACACGAUAUACAGAUAAACGAAAUUUAACUACAAUCGAAAUGCAGCCAAAUUCAAUAGGAGAAUUUAAUGGUCAAGGUGAUGUCGAACAAUGGUUAAAACAAGUUUUAGAAACAUUCGAUUCAUUUCAAUUAUUAUCAAGUGAACGAAAUAAUUUAAUUCCUGAUAUUUUAAGUGGUGAAGCACUUAUUUGUUAUUUUAAACAACAACAUCAUAUGCCAACAUUUAAUUCUUUUAUUCAAAAUGUACUUUAUCAUUAUGGAAAUAAAAAUUCACAACAAGAACAAGUAUCAUCAUUUACAUCUCCGUUAAAACAAACGAAACAAGAAGCACUGGAUGAUUAUAAAGAAACUGUCAUGGAAUCUCUUCAAAAUCAGAUGUUGAUUAGUAGUUUAGAAAAAUUACCAAAAUUUUCAGAUGCUGAAAAAUUUUUCCUUAUAUCUACUUGUUUGGAAGCUGAUGCACGUGAUUGGUUUUUUGAUAAUUUACAUUUGUUCAAUACAUGGACAUCAUUUGCACAAAACUUAAUUAAUACAUUUGAAUCGUCGGAAAAAGCAGAUAUUUCAUUUAAUCAAUUACAUCAUUAUCAACAAGAAGCUAAUCCUUCAAUGGAUGAUGCUACUAAAUUACAAUAUUUAAAGGAUGGUUUAAAACCAUCAUUACGUUUUGAUGUUUUGUUAAAAAAUCCACGAAGUACCGAAGAAUUGUUAGAAUAUGCUCAAAAAGUUGAAGAACUUAAAUCAUUAGAUGAAAAAGAUAAUAUUAUUGAUCAAGCUAUCAACAAGAAAACUAUAGAUUCGUUCACAGUAAUGUCGAAGAACAGGAAUGUUAGUCCAUCACAAACUAACCAACCAAGUCCAUCUCAACAAUUAGGUUUUAAUAAUUCGUAUAAAAGAAAUCAAUUUAAUAACAAUAACAAUUUAGCUCAACAACAUAUAACUAUUACAACAACAAAGGAAUGCUGUAUGGCAAUACCUAAAUCAUCUUAUCAAUGUUUUAAUUGUGGUGCAGAUGAUCAUUUUAUUCAUAAUUGUCCACAUUUUCAUCAGAGAGUUUUAAUGAAAAUUAUGUUUGAUUCUGGAGCAACAAAAUCUUUUAUCAAUAAAGUUGCAUUAAAACGAACAAAACAUCUACCAAUUGCUAGUAAUCAACAAUAUUAUUUGAUGGCAGAUGGUUAUACCACCUUUGAAGUAAUAGGUAUUGUGAAAAUAUUUAUUGAAUUUAGUGCAAUUAAAACAAAUAUUGUGGUGGGUAUUGUUAAUUCAUUAUACACUGAUUGUAUUUUGGGAAUGGAUUAUAUUAAUAAAUACAAAGUUAAUCUUAAUAAUGAAGAUAAACAAAUUCAAAUUCAUACAUUCAAAAAUACAAUUACAAUUCCUAUGGAAAAUCAAAUUGAUAAUGGUAAAAUAUUAUGUCGAUUAAUUAAUUCUACAUGUAUUUAUCCAUAUCAAGAGAAGAAAAUCCAAAUAGGUACACAAGUAUCGUCAGGACAAUUAUUAUUUUCCCCUGCAUAUCAUCUUACUCAUUAUAAAAAUUUAAUUAGUCCACAUGUAUUAAUAUCAAUUAUUAAUCACAGUGCAUGGAUUUCCGUUUAUAAUCCAACAUCAUCAACUUGUUAUUUAGAGUCAAAUAUUAUUAUUGGAACUGCUGCUCCGUCUUCAACUGUAGCUUAUAUCUCAAUCAUUUUAGAUAUACAAACACAAGACACAAUAGAUGAAAGUAAUGCAACAUCUUUAACAUCAAUUAAUGAACAAAAUAUUAAAAAUUUAAUUAUGCAUAUACAAGAUCAACAACAAUUUAUUAGUGUACAAGCUAUAUUAACAAGACAUCAUCAACUUUUUGAUACAACAACAACAACAACAACUAUUGCUGAAACAACAAAAGCUCAUGUUAUUCAUACCGAUAAAUUUCCAUUACCAAACUUUGAACAAGCACUUCAAUUAGUUGGGGAUCGCAAAUAUUAUACAAAAUUGGACUUACGAUCAGGUUAUUUCCAAAUUCCAAUUCGUGAAAAAGAUAAACAUAAAACAGCGUUUAUUACGCAUAUUGAUCAAGCAUUAUUAACCCUUGACAAGCACAAAUUCCAACUAAAUCCACAAAAAUGUGAAUUAAUUAGAAUAAGUAUUAAUUAUUUGGGUCACACUAUUAGUUUCAACGGCACAAAACCACUUCAAGAUCGAAUUGAAAAAAUUUUAUCUAUUCCACAACCAACAUCUUUAAAACAAGCAAAUGCAUUUAUAGGUGCUAUUGGAUGGUACCGUAAGUAUAUAAAAGACUAUACAAAACUAAUCGCACCAAUAUUGGCUGUUACAAAUUUAAUUACAAGAAACAAAUAUAAAUUCAAAUGGGAUACACCAAAAUGUGAAGCAUUUGAUCCAUUAAAAAAUAUUCUUAUUACUGAACCAUUAUUUUAA